UGUAAUGUCAAAAGAGAGAGAUAAUAAAUGGUUAAUCGAUAAUGUUAGAUUGAUUAACGAUUUUUCAAAAAUUACGUUUUAGAACAAGAAAAUUCAUAAAAUGGACUUCUUCAAUUAGAGUUCACUAUGUCUUCGGAGCCCAUUCAGUUAAAACCAGUUUUGAAAAAACAUGGGCAAGUGAUAAUAGAAGAUACACCAUCCCUUAUGUUUUGCAAACCUAAGUUAAUACCACUGAAAAGUUUUACUUUGGAAAAAUUAGAAAAAACACAACAAGAAGCGCAAAAAGCUCGAGAAAAAGACCCAAAAGAGUAAAUGUUAAACCAUGAGCUACUCACCGUUAAUAUCUACGAUAAUAUUGUCGUUUCUAUUGGCAUCUACACUGUUAUAUCGUUACGGGAAUUGGUUCAGACAUCGCAUAUUCGUAACGUUAAUUGUGUUAUUAGCUUGGUAUUGUAGUUUCUUGAUUAUAUUCGUAUUACCACUUGAUGUGAUAUCUACAGUAUAUCGACAAUGUAAAGAAGAGAGGAUAAAUAAUAUAACAGAAAUACAAAAUUCGUCGUUAAUAUUUAAUAAUGGUUUCAAUAAUGCUUGUGAACCACCAUGGACUAAUUUACCAGAAAGAGUUUUUACUAAUUUGUGGCAUACUGUCUAUUGGAGCACACAAUUAUUAACAUGGUUGGUUAUGCCAAUUAUGCAAUCUUAUAUUAAAGCUGGGGAUUUUUCAGUACGUGGGAAAUUAAAAUCAGCUCUAAUAGAUAACGCUAUAUAUUAUGGAUCAUAUCUAUUAAUUUGUGGGGUGUUAUUAGUGUAUUUAGCACUUAAACCAGGUAUUGACUUAGAUUGGUCUAAAUUAAAAGCGAUAGCAUCUUCAGCUAGUAAUACUUGGGGUUUAUUCUUACUUGUGUUAUUAUUAGGAUACGCUUUAGUAGAAGUACCAAGAAAACUUUGGAAUAAGUCUAAUCAUAGUUUGAUAUUGACAGAAUCGUAUUUUAAAGUAGCGAAAUUGAGUUCUGAUAGAUGCGAAGCUGAAGAAACCGUCGAUGAUGUUUUAGAGUCUUUGCAAGCGGUAUCUUUGGUUGUGAGACCUGGUCAUCCGUUUUACGUAUAUUUGGAAACAAUUUUACAAAAAGUCCCUGUAGAAUUACAGGAUAGAAUGAAGAGAAGGCAGUUGCCGGAUGAUACGCCUACAGAUAUACCAAGUGAAAAAGCGCUUAUUCGACUUCACAAACAAUCUAUAAAAUCUUUACAAGUUUUACAACGUACCGAAACCCAAUGGAAUUUGAUGGUUGAAAAAAUUUUCGAAUUGGAAGAUACUUUAAAAAAUCAAAUAUCCCGAGAAAGGGUAUUUAAAAGAACGUUCGAAAGGCGACAUAAUUGGUUUAGAAAAUAUAUUUAUACAUCGAAAAUUGAAUGGUAUUGGAGGUGUCUUUUAUAUUGUUAUACCCAGAAGGUUUUAGCUAUUUUAGCCGGUCUAUUAUCAAUAUGUGUAGUAUGGUCGGAAGUGACUUUUUUUAACGUCUACCCUCCUCUAUCAAUUUUUGCAGUAGUUGUGAAUGUUGCUAAAAGGAAUUACGACUAUUUCACCAUUGAGGUUUUUUCGACUAUAAUAAUUUUGUACUUAUGCUACUGUGCUUUUUCUACUGUACUUAAAAUCAAAGUUCUCAAUUUAUAUUACCUUGCCCCACAUCAUCAAACAAAUGAAUACAGUUUGAUAUUUUCUGGUAUGAUGUUAAGUCGAUUAACUCCACCGCUUUGCCUAAACUUCCUCGGUCUAAUCCAUAUGGAUAGCCACGUGAUAAAAAGUCAAAUUAUGGAGACAUCUUACACGCAGAUUAUGGGUCAUAUGGAUGUCAUUGGUAUAAUAUCUCAUGGUUUCAAUAUCUAUUUCCCCAUGGCUAUACUCCUAUUCUGCUUAGCAACUUACUUUAGCUUAGGAUCCAGGCUUCUAUCAAUGAUCGGUUUCCAUCAAUUCAUCGGUGAUGAUGAAAUGACUACAGAUUUAGUUGAAGAGGGUAGAGAAUUAAUAAAAAGAGAAAAACGUAAGAGACAAAGAUUAGAAGAAUCGUUUAAUUCAAAGAGAGAUUACCUUGAAAGAUUCCCUACUGCAGGUAGAUUCAGGCAAUCGAGGAAUGGUAAUGAAUCAACACGUCAAACUGAGGAAGUGGAAACCAAUCGUUCAAUCCUAAAAGAUGCCCACGCCUUAAAUUCCUAUAACGGUACUAGAUUUACAUCAGAACUAGAUACGAGGUUGCUACCGAAUGAAGAAGAUAUAGAUGAACGUUUCGGUGCUAGUACCAGUAUCAAUAAAAGGGAAUCCAAUGAGUUGGAACCCAGAUUUUCUGAUCAGAUAGAUGCUUUUUAUAGGAACAGAGUGGGUAAACCCCCGAGGGGUAUUUUCGAUGAUGUUUAAUAAAAAUAAUUAUGGUUUUAUAGAUAGAAUUGUUACCAAAACUGUUGUCUUAGUGCAAGUAAAUGUUAACACAUUUAACUUAUUUACACCUAAAAUAAAAUUGAUUAAAUUGUU